AUAUGAUGGUGAUCGCCGCAGACUGCCGCCCCGUCCCACUCCAGUGAUCCAGUCCACCACACACACACGCAGCUGCGGCGCGCGGGGGCGGCGAAAUGGACGCCAACACCCUCCUCCUGCCCUGCUCCGACGGAGCCGUCGCCGGCGCCGUCGACUUCCGCGGGCGCCCGGCGUCCCGGUCCGGCACCGGCCGGUGGUCCGCCGCGAUGUUCGUGCUCGGGGUGGAGAUAGCGGAGAGGUUCGCGUACCACGGCGUGUCGGCGAACCUGAUCAGCUACCUGACGGGGCCGCUUGGGGAGUCGACGGCGGGCGCCGCGGCGGCGAUCAACGCGUGGAGCGGGGUGGCGACCAUGCUGCCCCUGCUGAUGGCGUGCGUGGCCGACGCCUGGCUCGGCCGGUACCGCACCAUCGUGCUCGCCUCCCUCCUCUUCGUCGUGAGCAUGGGCAUGCUGACCGUCUCCGCGCUCCCGGUGUUCCACCAGGACGGCUGCAGCUACAGCUCCAGCUCGCUCGCGUGCUCCCCGUCCCCCGUGCAGGUGGCCAUCUUCUACGUGUCCCUGUACCUGGUGGCGCUGGCCGAGGCUGGGCACAAGCCCUGCGCGCAGGCGUUCGGCGCGGACCAGUUCGACCAGCAUGACCCCAAGGAGUCCGUGUCGAGAAGCUCCUUCUUCAACUGGUGGUACUUCGGCAUGUGCUCCGGCACCGCCGCCACCACCAUGGUCUCCAGCUACAUCCAGGACAACGUCGGCUGGGGCCUCGGCUUCGGCAUCCCCUGCCUCGUCAUGGUCUUCGCGCUCCUCGCCUUCUUGCUCGGCACCAGGAACUACCGCUAUUACACGUCCACCGAAUCAAGCCCCUUUGCUCGCCUCGCCAGAGCGUUCGUGGCGAUGAUCAGAGGCUCCAAAUCGAGCCAAUGCGACAGUCUUGCGACCGACGACGCCGCGCACCGGGAAGAAGUGAAGGGCGUGCUGCGCCUGUUCCCCAUCUGGGCGACGUGCAUCAUCUACGCCGUGAUCUUCUCGCAGUCGUCGACGUUCUUCACGAAGCAGGCAGCGACGCUGGACCGCCGGAUCGGCUCGACGCUCCGCGUGCCGCCGGCGGCGCUGCAGACGUUCAUCAGCCUCACCAUCAUGGCAUUCAUCCCGGUCUACGACCGCGCGUUCGUGCCCCUGGCGCGGCCGUUCACGCGCCUGUCUUCCGGCAUCACCAUGCUGCAGCGGAUCGGCACGGGGCUCGUCCUCGCCAUGGUCGCCAUGGCCGUGGCGGCGCUGGUAGAGAUGAGGCGGCUCGGCGUGGCGAGGGACGCCGGGCUCGUGGACCAGCCGAAGGCGGCGCUGCCGAUGACCCUGUGGUGGAUGCUGCCGCAGUACGUGCUGUUCGGGCUGUCGGACGUGUUCGCCAUGAUCGGGCUGCAGGAGUUCUUCUACGACCAGGUCCCCGACGCGCUGCGCAGCCUCGGGCUGGCCUUCUUCCUCAGCAUCUUCGGCGUGGGACACUUCCUCAGCAGCUUCCUCAUCUCCGCCAUCGACGGCGCCACCAAGAAGAGCGGUGCGAGCUGGUUCUCCAACAACCUCAACCGCGCGCACCUCGACUACUUCUACUGGCUGCUCGCCGGGCUCUGCGCCGUGGAGCUCGCGGCUUUCGUCAUCGUGUCCCGCGUCUAUGUUUAUAAGAAAAGGGUGUCCCACGACAAUGGUGCUGUCAUGUAGAUGUGCCCUGUAUGCUUACUUUCUGUGAAUUGUGAUAUAGUAUAGGAUCGAGGCGUAGAGAAUGAAUAAAAAAAUUGUAGGCUAAAGCUAAACCUUGUUUAUGAUAGUCUUAUGGAAUGAAUCCUUGAACCGAGUUCAACAGCUUAAAGCAUACUGUAAUUAAGUGAUCAAGAUUCAAUGAAUAGUUGUAUUUUAGACUAA